GAAAUGCAAAUGAAAGGUCAAUUGAACAUCGAGGAAAGUUUUCAAAGCAACAAAUAUAGCAGAUUAGGGUUAAGACAGGUUUUACCUUCUCCUUCAUAGCUCCACCCUCCAUUUCCUAAAGUAACACACACACCUCUGAGAGAAGACCAAAAGAAAGACUUAGUUGAAGGAACGGAAUGUACUUGAUCAGGAAACCCGUCUGCUUAGGUAUGCUGCUGUUUAUGGAGGUGGUAUUACGGAUGAAUCCUGCUCUAACUGAAGGCUCUCCGUUAUGUUGUUAUACCGUCCUCUCUAACGGCUCAGUGCGUUACAGACACAACAUGACGGUGAACUUUGACUAUGCCUGGAGCGCUGACGCCAAUCCCUUAACGGAUGUUUAUGAUGUAAUCAGUGCCAAUGUCCUUUGCUCUGGAGCAAAUUCGAUUCUUCUAAAUCAGUUGCACUUUAAUGUUAGCUUCUUGUCCACGGAUCCAGAGAGUGAGAUGACACGUCCAAUUCCGUGUACAGAUCCGUGUGACUCUGGAAAAGCUGAUCCUUAUGUGGAUGCAGUGAUACCUGUGACAGACAAAAGCGACAGUGUCCAAGGACAUGGAGGUCAUGGAGGUGACGGAGGACAUGGAGGUGAUGGAGUCCCCAAUUCCAAGGCUGCAAAGAUUUCUGUCAUUGCUAGCAUAGCAGCUUUCAUCAGCGUAGCUUUUGUCAUCCUCGCCAUCAUAUGGAAAUCAGGACGUUACAGGUUUAACAUCCAGUGUGCAAAAGAGAUGCUGUGCUAACAGACCUGAAGCUAACCAUGCUAAUGGAGGGUUCCAGGCUGUAGGUCAGGUGGACCAACAGGAGUCCAACGUGUGAUCUACUGGAACCUGGUUUAGAGUUACACUGGCUGUAGAUCAUUAGUGCUCUUUGCUUUAUUUCCUUUGUUUACCUGUGAUGACUCAUACAGCUGUGCACAGCUGUAAUCUUGUAGAAGAAUGAUGAGUGAAUCAUCAGUUUGUUUCUCAGAACAGCUUCAGUAGCUCUUAUUCUUUUACACACUGUGAUAUAAACUGUGUCUAUGUAUUGUGGAAGGUAUUUUAUAUUAUUUUAUAUUAUAUUAUAUUAUAUUAUAUUAUAUUAUAUUAUAUUAUAUUAUAAUUACAUUAUAUUACAUUAUAUUAUAUUAUAUUAUAUUAUACAGUACUGGUGUGAAGUCAGUACUAUAUUUGAGGUUAAUAGACAAUUUAUUUCACAUCAUUUAAUGCCAUUUUGAGAUUUUUCUUUUUUUCUUUCUUUCUUUCGCUUAAGCUUGGCCAUUAAAGCGUGUAACUCUCAUCUGUGUGUGUGUGUGUGUGUGUGUGUGUGUGGUUUCUUUUUAUUUAACACUACAUUUAUCUCCAGGAGCUAUUUGUUCUGUGCUUUACACACAUUACACACUGUACACUCUCUCUCUCUCUCUCUCUCUCUCUCUCUCUCUCUCUCUCUCUCUCUCUCUCUCUCUCUCUCUCUCUCUCUCUUUCUUUUACAGUCCCAGAUUCCUCGGCAUCAUAUGGAAAUCAGGAUGUUACAGGUUUAACAUCCUAGUGUGCAAAAGUAAAGAAAUCUAAACAAAGAGUGUCGCUGUAGACAUAAGUUUAAGUGUGUUUUUCAUAUGGUACCAUUCACACAGUUCACACAGUUGAGAGUGUGUGUGUGUGUGUGUGUGUGUGUGUGUGUGUGUGUGUGUGUGUGUGUGUGUGUGUGUGUGUGUGUGUGUGUGUGUGUGUGAGCUCGGUCAGCAGGAGGGAGAAGGGUGAGUGUGUGGGAUGAAGUGUUUUUGUGCAACCUAGUGCAAACAGUGCAGUGUGUGGCAAUCAGAUAGAAAGUGGAAAAAUGUUCGCAUCAUUUUCCUUGUGUACAGUAAUUUUAAGUAAUUUUUAAUUUAAUUUUGUCUGCC